GGGAAAUCAAGAAGUCUAGAAGUCUGUGUGCAUGUAUUUAUAUAUAAUUUUGAUAUUGAGAUUUACUUCCGGAUUACGAGUCGUCAGGUUGUUGAUUGUGAUGGAAAAAUGCCAAUUGAUUUAACUCCACAGUGUUAAUACAGAGAUAUUAAAAACACCUUUUCGUCGCUUUAUUUCAUAUGUGAAAAUGGGCGUUCUCAAGGAAAUUGUUUACAGACUUUUCAUCUUUGUCGUUAUUAUUCGACAUUUGGCUGCCAGCGAAUAUACAUGUGUGUCGGCUGAUCAGGACCAAUUACAGUGCAGUUAUGGGUGUUGUGAAGAAGACGGCACGGUCACCUGUUGCAAGUUAUUACCAGUUGAUGUACGAACAAUUGUCAUAGGGAUAGGAUUUCUAUGUACGGCUGUUUUACUGAUUGCCGUUAUGGCAAAAUACAAUACUGUUGGCCCAGAGACUAGGGGAAAUGAUAAAGAUAGCGCAGAGACUGAGAAAAAAGAUGGAGAUAGCCAAACGACUGGAAAUAAUGAUGGUAUUUUCAAAGGUUCUCCAGAUAUAGAGGAGCAAAAUCCGAGGUGUUGCUUUUGCAAAAUAAUAGCAGGUGAUAUUAACUGUAAAUGUAUCCUUGCGUUUUGUCCACGGGAGUCAACUUGAUUUUGGAUUAAUAUCUGUUUGUCUGACAUGCCCCGCGACAUAAAGGGACAAUUAUUACGGCUCUUGCAUAAACACGUUAAAGUUAAAAUCUAAAUUCUGGAUAUGGAGUUAUAAAUUUUGAUAAUUUAAUUAAAGGGACUAUCCUCCAGAUCGUUCGACAACAAGAAAAAAUACUUUUAUAGAUAUCUGGAAAUAAAUGCUAUAUUUCUUAAGAAGGCUUUAAAACUUAAUUACUGACAAAGUUUAACUAUAUAUUACGGAAAUACUUGAGAAUUUGCUGUUUUUUUACUUUAUAUGAUGAAAAUAUAAAUUCGAAAAGCGAUUGUAACGCUUUACUCAGGGUAAACUGUCUCGAUUAUAAAAAAAAAUCUAUAUUUUGAAGUCAUAAUUCACUUAUUCCGCUAUAGCGCUAUUGGUUUCGACGAAAUAUUUUAGACACAAAAACACAUCUUCUAGUAUUAACAAACUUCAAUUUGAGAGAAAGAUUAUUUUUAGCCAAAUCUGGAGGUCAUUAAUUACAUAUUUUAAAAAUACGUUGAGUAAUGGGAAUUAUAUGCUU